AUGCAAAAUGCCAUUCGACAAUCUUGCAGUACAGUGCAGCAGUCGAAUCUAUCGACUCUUUCAGGUGUGAGUUCAAAAUAUGCUCCGAAACGCAUCAGAGGAAUUGGCGGGCGAGCUUCCCAUCGACCUGCAACAGCUUCGCGGUUUAAAAUAACGCUAAUUUAUGCUCCCGCGUCACUUUGUAAUGGCCAUCACGUCGUAGUCUCGAUAGGUUAUCACACUGGUCAUAGCGCAGCAGACUAUCUCGAGGAGCUUGCUCAUCAACAGUUCUACGCUCUUGAACUACAACGUAAUGGUGCAAUCAUACGUAAUUGGGAGACUGGCCUCGAUAAAUUUAUGAUAUGCUUCAAGGCGAGCUUUCGCAUAUUCCUCGAUGUUUUCAAGGAUUGUGAGGCCAUGAAAAUCCAGGACGUUUCUCUGUCACAAUUCCAAAGACUAUCGAUAGCCAUGGAAAAGUCGCUAGAACCUGGACUAUUUUAG